AGUAUAUAUGACAUUCAAUAUUACCAUUAAAAAAUAAUUACCGCAGAUUAUGGAUAAAAAAGAAGCUCUAGGCAAUUAAGUAGCAUAUAAUUAAAUUAAAAGUAUUGGAAUAGGAGUGUCUAUAAAUACAGAUCAAACCGUUUCAAUUUCCUCAUUACUAACUACUCAAUUCUAUCCAAGCCUGUUAAUAUAUACAACAAAAAUAGAAAAGAUAUAUUCGAAUACUCCAUUAUUAUUAUUAUUAUUAUUUAUAUAUAAUAUAUAAUCGAUUCAUCAUAGUAGUAAGUAGAUGAAAAUGGGAAGGUGGUCAUCAAAAUUGGUGGUUAAUAUUGGUGUUGUUGUAUUGUGUUGGGUGGUAGGGACAUCAGCAAAAGCAGUGGUGUCGACAUACAAUGUGGUGAGUUUGGGAGGAAAAGGGGAUGGGAAAACAGAGUCGAGCAAAGGUUUCCUUGCAGCAUGGGACAAGGCCUGCAGUUCCACCAAUCCCGCUGUGGUAUACGUUCCCCCAGGCAGAUUCUUGCUCAAAAAUGUGGUCUUCACUGGCCAAUGCAAAAACAGAGCUAUCACGUUCCGCAUUGCAGGAACACUGCUCGCCCCAUCAGAUUACACAAUCCUUACCAACUCCCCUAACUGGAUUUCCUUUCAGUAUGUCAAUGGGGUCACCAUUUCUGGUGGAAUCCUUGACGGUCAAGGCACUUCUCUGUGGAAAUGCAAAAACUCACCCUCUACUAAUUGCCCCACCGGAGCCACCACACUGGGAAUUUCAAACUCAAAGAAUGUAAAAGUGUUGGGAGUAACAUCUUUGAACAGCCAAAUGUUCCACAUCGUGAUCAACGGUUGCAACAACGUCAAACUACAAGGCGUUAAAGUGAUGGCACCAGGGAACAGCCCCAACACGGACGGCAUCCACGUUCAGCUCUCCACAGGCGUAACCAUCCUCAACACCAAGAUAGGAACCGGAGACGACUGCGUCUCCAUAGGACCCGGCACAGCCAACCUCUGGAUGGAGAACUUGGCCUGCGGACCUGGCCACGGCAUCAGCAUAGGCAGCCUGGGCAAGGACGCCAAGGAGGCAGGGGUCCAGAACGUGACGCUCAGAACGGCCACGUUCAGGGGCACCCAAAAUGGGGUGAGGAUAAAAUCUUGGGGGAGGCAGAGCAGUGGGUUCGCCAGGAAGAUUGUGUUCCAACAGGUUACGAUGGUGGACGUUGAGAAUCCGAUCGUGAUUGACCAGAAGUACUGCCCCAGAAACGAGGGGUGCCCGGGGAAGGUGUCUGGGGUGAGAGUGAGCGAUGUGACUUACCAAGACAUACGAGGGACUUCGGCCACUGAGGUGGCAGUUAAGUUCGAUUGCAGCGCUGCCAAUCCUUGUAACGGAAUUCGGUUACAGGAUGUGAAACUCAGUUACAAUAAGAAGAAGAAGAAUAAUAAGGAUGGGAUUAUUAAUACUAGUGCCCAAGCUUCUUGUUCUAAUGCCAAAGGAAGCGCUUCUGGGAUAAUCCAGCCUUCAAGUUGUUUGUAAUUAUUAUAAUAAUAUUUGUAAUUUGUAAUUUAAGUAGCUUGAGCCUGUGGCGUCUGUGAUUAUUAUGAUCAUAAUCAUGAUCAGGGUUCUCUUCUUACUGUUGAUUCCACCCUCCCCUGCUCUGGCCUGGCCUUGCACUUUAAUUACUUCAUUAAUUAAUAAUUAGCCUAUCUAAUUUGAUUUAGUACUACCAUUUUCUUAU